AUGGAGAAGUUUAAACCUGGGAAAGUAGCUUAUGUCAUGAACUUGGUCGGGACAGCAGUUUCUUGGCAGGCUUUUACUAUUGGUUGUACUGGGUUGAUAUUUAAGGUUUCUUCAUUGUUUUCGAAUGUGAUUAGUAUGCUAGGUUUGCCUAUUGCUCCAGUUCUUGCAGUGAUUUUUCUUCAUGAAAAGAUGACUGGAUUGACGGGUAUGGCAAUGGUGUUGGCUAUGUGGGGUUUUGUUUCUUAUAUGUAUCAACACUAUCUCGAUGAUCUGAAGACGAAGGCUGAAAAUAAACCUCCCAAUGAUGUUUCUGAAGUUCCCCUGACCAAAACUAAUUAG